AAACACAAAUCAAGUGAACUCUUUUUUUCACUUUUUAGUUUCUAGUUUUGCAGAAAUUAUCUGCAGGAACUACUAAUUUUUUUGGCUUUGACAAAAAUUAGAGGAUUGGAUCAGCUCUGCAAUCAGAGUGAUUAGUACAAAAUUUGUUAGAUAAAUAUAGAAAGCAAGUCAAGGAAAAUAUAAGCAGUACUAUGUUCAAUUUUUCAAUUCUUUUUUAUAUGAUUUAUACAGUCAGUUUUUCCAAUCAGAUAAAUGACUUUCAUGUUGAGAGCUCUGGAAUAAAUCCUGUACAAGUAGAUGAUAUCGGGAUAAGGUUUUAUUUAGAGGUGGGAAACUAUGGUACAAAAAAAGUGACAGUUACUAAGGCAUAUAAUCCAGAAUGCUGCUGGAUAGUGGAACCUGAUGAUUUAGAUUGUGAAUCAAUGGAGUUGUAUGGUGGUUUCACAAUAGAUAUUGAUGUUGGUAAAAAGUUGAAUGUUACUUAUACCUUUCCAAACAUUUAUCCAAUGGAUAGAAUUGGUGUGUGCAAAUUCUUUUUAAAGACUCUUGAAAGUGAUGUUGUAAUGCAUCCAAUAAAUUUUAACACAUCAACUGGACCUGAAGUUGGUUCUUUUAUGCAAAGAUUAUAUGAUGAUGGUCCUCUUGUAUAUCGUAAAUGCAGCGGUGUAGAUGAAAAUCCAAGAAAUUCCUGUCAGCCGUUUAUAUGCUAUAAAAAAUAUGGUGGUUUUAGGAAUUAUUAUGAUAAUAAUAUUGCUAAAUGUGUCAAAGUUAAUAGAUGUAAAACAGAACUUGGAGCAGAUGAUCUUCCUACAUCUGCAUUCGACUACGACAACAAUGCUUGCAAAAGUUUAAUUGAUAAUCAAUUAUCAAGUGAAGACAAAAGAACUAUCUCAGAAAUCAUUGAAAGUAGUUCUCUUUUUCAAAAUUUGAAUCCUUACAUAGAUGUUGCGCAUGAAGAUUUGAUAUUAAAGUGUAAUCAUGGUGUACAGAAAGGAACUUACUGUCAAUGUAACGACGGAUGGACUUCAGUAAUGGAAAAGUUGGGUGAUGGCAAAACAAAAAUGACAUGGUGCUCCAAAAGUUUUGUACCAAGCAGCCCACUUAAAUUCUCACUGCUUGUUAUAUCCAUCCUUGUGGCAAUAAUUUUGUUUUUAUUGCUUCUUUACUUAUGGUGUUGGUUGUUUAUGUGUAAAACAGUUCAAGCAAAUUUUUCGUUAUUUUCUCGUUACUUUCCACGCACAAAAUUAGAUUUUCCGUUUCAAUAUAAUCCGCUUUGGGUAAUCGGUGAUGAGACUUUUAAUACAGACAAAAUGUUAUUUGAUGUCAUUGAUGAGCCCGAAGACAUAAACAAAUCGGAUUCUGAAAAAGGUAAAAAUGGUGUCUUGUUUGAUAAAUCGUGGUAAUUAUUUUAAUUAAAAUGAAAUUCCAGAUUUUAUUUAAUACGUCAGAGAAUACUUUGCCGCAAGAUUGUCGUAGUUUACUUAAAUAAAUAGUGAAAAAAGUUGCAAUUUUUAAAAUAAGAUGG